AUGGCGGACAGAACAGGCCCCACAGCUUCAAGACUGCGCCAGACUCGUAAAUCUAUCGCGCAUCUACCAACUCCAGAUCUGAGCGUCGACAAGGAAAACAUCACCAUGGAUCCCGCAGCAUUAUCCUCAAUGACUGCUAAAGCGAAACAAGCUGCGAAAAAGUCUCGUAGCAAAAGUUUGGGUCCUGGUGGACUUGAUGCACUCAAGGAAGGAAGUGGAAAUCAAGGCCGACCCUCAUUGCCUCGCCUUAAAUCCAUACUGAAAGCUACGGUAUCUGUGUCACCGCCAAAACUUCACUCACCGUCCAAUUCGAAGAAUGGGUCGCCGAACAAGCGUGGCGGAAGGAAGACGCCAGAAUCUUCUCCUUCCAAAGCGCCUCAAAUUUUGCCUUCGAGAAACUCUCCGAAAGCACAAGACGACCCUUUUCAGAGUCCAAAGAAGACAGAUGACCGUUCGCAUGGAUCGCCGUCAAAGUCUCCCACCCGGGUGGCUCUACGAACAGAGGAGGAGCAGCAGGCUGCGGCAAGAGAAAAAGAACGGCAAGAACUGCAGGCGCAGAAGGAAGAUCGCCGCAAAUCCCAAGUAAACCGCAGAGUUUCGUUCGCACCAGAAGCAACGCUCCACACAUGGAACGUGGUUGAGCUACAGGAAGAUUCUACUACAUCUUCUGCGUCGACCAAUACAGUCCGUCGGGCUUCCAAUGUGACCUCGGAUCAAAAUUUGCCAUACGGUAGAGGACAGUCUCAAGAACCAUCUUCAGAUGCUUCAGAGCCUCCUUCGACGCCGCAAGGGCUAGAGGAGAUGCAAGUGGCGCGCUCCCCAGAGCAUCAGCGAGAUCUACAUCAAAAGAAACGUCGUCGUAGCUCUACCGUACCGCCUAUGAACUUCAAUGACCCAAAUCAAUUGUCGUCAAGCCCGUUCAGCGGAGACUCAGAGGGCGAUGACGAUACUGGAGCUUUCGAAACCGCUGAAGAGGGCAGUGAUUCCAUGGAGUCUGAUGACGACAAAGAUCUAGUGGAAGAAGAGACUUUGACUAAUGUAGAUGGUGACGAAACUACAUUUCAUAGUACAGACAGCACGACUUCAAGCGGAAGGCUUGACGCAGCUCUCCAGCAAGCAGCCAGUCAGGCCGGCACUCAAGGCAUUGAGUACGACGAAAAUGGAGACAUGACGAUGGAAAUGGCUAACGAUGAGGUUACCGACGCCUUCAAACCAUGGGCAGCAAAGAACAGGGAAGCCCAAGCAGUUGGCGAGACGAGCGCCUUUCUAGAUCAGGAAAAUAUCAAUCCCUUCUCACCGGCUUUCAAGGCUAGAAUCGUGCAAGAAGCGCAAGGGCAAGGCGAGACUGAAGAGGCGACUAUGGAAAUAACGCAAGCUAUGGGCAGUAUACUGCCGUCAACCUCAGCCGGUACAUCUUCGCCAAAGAAUAGUCGGAGGAAAUCUCUUGGUACGUCAAAAAAGCGGAGAAGUAGUGUAGGUCGACGUAGAUCCUCCGGUGAUGCGUUCAGUAUAGCAGAAGAUCAGACUAUGGACCUUACGACUACCGUAGGAGGUAUACAGGACACGACGGACCUUGAAGACGGGGAGCCUGCAAGCGACCCUGAAGAAAUGACUAUGGAAUUCACUGCUGUAGUGGGAGGUGUUGUUCAGUCUGGGAAUACCGGAUCUCCAGGGCCGAAAGAUUGCGAUGCUGGUUCUGACAUGGACAUGGAUUUCACAUAUGCUGCAGGAGGUAUCCUUCCACCAAUCACCGAGCGUACUGAACCACUGGAAGACCAAACAAUGGAAAUGGACGUGACCUCCGCUAUCGGGUCCAUCUUGCCAAAGGAAAUAAAUGCUGGCGACAAGAUGGAAGCUAAAGCGUUGAUGGAACGCCAAGUAGACGCCGGGCAGUUGCCUGCUGAAUCGCCGUUUCAUGAUGGCUCCCCUCAGAAGCCGAGGGAGCUGCCUCGAGACAGCGCCGAGAGACGUAGCAGUGGAAGGGUGUCCCUGACUCCCAAGUCACGUCAAGUCACGCCGGUGAAGAAGCCUGCGACGCCUUCGAAGAAAGCGACGCCCCAGCCUGCUCGGCCAACAACUCCGGGCAAGACUCCACCUUCCAAGAACGUUACUUUAAGAAGUGCGUCCCCUAAGAAGCUCUUCCAGGCUGAAAUAAGCUCUGCGAAGAAUCACAAUCGAUCAGCCUUGAUCGGGAGAUCGCCUGCGUCUCCUUUCCUUCAAGAUCCUGUAACAGGUAGAGUGACGCCUAGUGAGAUUUUAAGGCCUCGCAAGCGGAGAUCUUCAGGAUUUGGCAUUGACCGUGAAGGACUCGGUUCUCCUCGUGUUACAGCUCUUCUCGACAGGCGCGCUUCGAUCGGAGAAGCUGCAAAGCCCUUUGUUCCCCGUGUUGAACCUGCAUCAAUUGUUCGCUUUGAAGAUCUUCAAGAAAUGGAAAAGCAGAUCGAUCACGAGACAGCCGAAGAAAAGCGUAGAGAAAACGGCCGUAAUAUUCUAGAACAAGAAGCGGAUGCGCAGGAUCUAAAUGACGAUAAGGACGUGACAGCUAACCUUAAGGAUAUGAUUGAUAGCCUGAGUCCGCAAAAGAAGAAGACAAAACCACGAAAAAGCUUGCAUGUUGGUGCUGCGAAAGGUUUACUAGGCAAGCGUCCAGCCGAGCUUGAUGAUGAUGGUGACGAGGAUAACACACCGAAGAGACUGAAAGGUAGAGAAAGUAGUCCUAUCAAGAAGGUCAAGCUGCCACCACCAGUAUCGAAGGCAACGCUCCCAAGCCGAGUCACUCGUUCCACACGACAAAGCCAGGGAGAAAAUGUAGGCACCGCCAGACUGAGCACUCCGUCAACUCACGCCUCGCCACUGAAUAUCAAUACCACUCCAAAAGACCAAUCUCGAUUUAAGAACGCUGAAGCAAAGAGCCCACUGAGGCCGAUGUCGUUUGAAGCGACUCUGGAGAAAGACGAUCGCAUACAUCUGCAAGAUUUCCUAAAUAUGACCGGCAUCCGCUUUAUGGAACUCACUACAACGAAAAGAAGACAGACUGUAGUCCCAAACUCGACUGAGCAAUUCUCGAGGCCAGGCGUCGAUCAGGUCAAUGAUGGGGAAACUGCAAAUGACCUCGAAAUGUGCAUUGUCGCAGGUGCAUGUACUGUUCCAAUGCUGGAACUGUACCAACAUUCGUGCCGUGAACUGAAGAACUAUAUUUCAGAAGGUCGAAAGGUGGUCAAAGAAAUUGAAGAAGCCACAUUCGAUGACAACCCACCAUUAUUUCGAGAAUAUAUCUCUGCCCCGGCGGACGUCAGGCCGAUCAUGGACAACCAAUUCAAGAACGUCAAGACAAACGCCCGGCUGCUGAGUAAGGGCAUCUGGUAUGAAUGGCGGAUGAAGCUGCUCGAAGGUCUCAAAGAAGGUCUCUUUACAACGGAGCGAGGGAUGCAGGAAGACGAUCGCUUGUUGGCUCAGCAGGAACAACUCUUACAGCCUGUGCUACCCCAUAUGUCCAAAGAGCAUGAAAAGCUCUUCAACCAGGUCGAAAUCACCCAGGCUCACGUAGAGGAAUUAGCUGGCUGCGAUCAAGAGGAGCUCAAGGAGACUCGAGAGCAGCUUGCGAGUGUCGAGCAAGAUCUCGAGAGAAAGCGCCACAUGAUUAAGGAGCUGCAAGAUCAACUGCGGGAACGAGAAGACGCUUUGGAAACGACCCUGACCCGCAAGCAAUACUGUGCCGAGUCCAUAAGUGAAGCCGAGCGAUUACGCGACGAAUGUCGAGGAUGGAGUGUGGCCGAAGUUGCUGCUUUACAGCUCUCGGUCAGCGAAUUGGAAGCGACUCAUGGCUGGUUGAUCACUUCGGCCUCUGGCAAUGACAUUGCCAUUACCUACGAUCGUGCGAUCCAGCUACUUUUCUCUCCCGCUGCAUUUUCAUCAAACUCCUCAGUCAUCGAAGCAGCCGCCGGUAACGGCGCGCCCAUCAGUCUCACCUAUAUUGCUGACGCCGACGAACAUCAUCCCAGGUCUUUGAAAACGGAGCAGCGUUUCUUCUUACAAAUUAUCCGCGCUCAAUUGCAAUGCCUCCAGCAAUCACGGACGAAGCCGAAGAAUCUUUUGGCUUUCGUGAGCGGAAGCUGGGAUCUUGCUAGCUCCACUGGCGAACAAGUGGGAGCCCUGGGUGUGGGCUAUAUCAUUGAACCUACAAUUACUGCUGACGAGGUCAUGUCAGUACGCUCAACUAUCUUCAUCAAGGCGAUGAGGACCAAAGUAGAGGUCACAUUCGAGGUAAAAGUUCGCGCCGGAGAAGGAACUAGCGCUUUGGGCUUGAGCGUCAAACCAUGCGUGAAGGUAUGCUAUGGAGAAGCACUGAAUGAGAAGAAGAUGUCAGAGUUUGUGGACUCGAGGAUCAAGGCUGUCAAAGGGUACGGCGUUUGGGCGCAAGCAAUGCGAGAGCUCGAGGAGAGGCUGCUUGCGAAGGUCAAGAAGGUUUGA